CUGACACACAGCCAAUCAACAAAAUAUCGCUCCUCCUCCUCUCCUUCUCUUCUCUUCAACCCUCUCAACUCACAGCAAUCUCUCUCUCUCUCUCUCUCUCUCUCUCUCUGUGCGUCCAUCGCCAUCGGAUUGCGUCUCUUUGAAAUCUCCCAACACCGAUACAGUCUUCACAUCGCAGUCUUGGGCUACAGUAGUUUCUCCUCUAGUUCUCGUUCUAUCUUAAUUCACAUCCGGGCCGAGAAACUCCAUCUGGGUCUUCUUGCUUUUCACUUUCUUUUGCUUGUUUUGACCGUCUGGAUUGAUGGGUCUCACCCGAAAGAGGCUGACCAGUCUUCUUUCGUAUCGGAAACAUCCCGUGUUCGCAUGAAAUUCCUUGGUUGGAGUCUUUGAAUUAUGGGUAGAGGCAGAGGAAAGGGAAAGAGAUCAACUUCUAGCAGUCAUGAGGAUCCUGGAAGUGGUGAGGAAGAGAAAAUUCCAGCACAGAAGAGAAGGGGAAGGCCACAAAAGCUUUUCAAGGAUGAAAUUGAUGAGGAAGAUGUUAAAAAAGUAGAUGGGGAAGAUGGAGAGAAUGGCAAAAACGUUAUUGUAAGUAAGGAAACAACAAGUCCUGUUGCAGCAGAGAAUGGGAAGAGGAGGAAACGGACUUCGCUGUCAAAAGAGAAAUCAGAUAUCACGAAAGAGGAAAAUAGCAUCGGAGCUAGAUCAAACAUGGAAGACUCAACCAAGUCAAAUGGGUUUCGGCACAAUGGCAGCAGAAGGAAAAGCAAGCCUCGUCGGGCUGCCGAAGCAGGUGUCGAAUGCAAAUGAGCCUGCAUGUGGCGUUUGAUACAUCCUUCUCUUUCCAGCACCCAGUGAAAAAUGAAAUGGGAAGUGAGACCUUAAGUGAACUUUAUUUCAUGUUCUGUUUUUUUCCUCCGUUUUUCUUUUGUCGGUGAUUCCGCACCUUUGAUCCUUUUUGAUUUUGGUUAGUGCUUUUGGAACUAAUUAUCCUGGACAUGUUAUUUCUGUUAAUCCCUUUUACCAUUUUUCCCAA